GCUGCUGCUCAGAGCCUAUGGAGCUGUGGAGGCAACUGAACGAGGCUGGACUGGUGCCUCUGGGGCUGGGUCCACCCCCACAGGCCCUGAGGGGGUUCUCCCCAGUGAAGAACCCUGGCCAGACCCACAUGUGCCCAGGGGCAGACAUUGGAGGUGCCAGGGAGAGUCUGCUGUGGAUCUGGGAGGAGCUGGGGAACCUGCGCCAAGUGGAUAUGCAGCUGCUAGGCCAGCUGUGCAGCCUGGGGCUGCAGAUGAAGGCACUUCGGGAGGAUCUGGUUACCAUCCUGGAAGAGGAGGAGGCGAGCUGGGAGGAAGAGGAGGAGGAGAGCUGCGAAGAAGAGGAGGAGGACAAAGAUCCUCAGAGGAAGCAGGAGGAAGAACACUCAGGAGCCUCCUGCCUAGCCCUAGGCCCCCCUGACUUUGAGAUGACAAUCUGAGGCCUCUGCCAGUGUGAUUUUAGAGUGAUACACAAAUGAGAUGCAAAUUUAUGCAAAUGAGGGGAUUUGUAGGCCAAAUCAGGUUUGGAAUCAAGCAUACUGCCAGAGCAAGUGCUUUCUCGGGGGAUGUCUGCUGUGAGAUUUAGGCAUUGGCCCGUGAGCUGUGGGCCUGUUUGCAGAUGAUGUGGGAGGUUGCAGAGAAGCUGCAGGUUGCAUUUGCAGAUGCACCUGUGUGCAUUGCCAAGGAAAGGUGGGUCUUUGUCAAUAUGAUGGAAAUGCUUGCAGAUGAAACGUUAGAGCAGUGCUGUCCAAUAU